AUGCCCGAGUGCGUCGAAUUGCCACAACGCGAUCAAACCUUCCACAUCGUCAUGGGCAACAGCGCGUCAGUGCAUGAUCGGUGCCGCGAGGGAGACGUCACUGGCCUGAAGGAACUCUUGCAGGCGUCGUCAGAGACCGCGGACGUCGAGAAAGUCGACGAGUACGGCCGGACGGCGCUUCUUGUAGCUGCAGGAAGCGAUCCAGUAGUCAAGGCCCCCAGUCCAACGCCGCAACAACAACAGGAUGGCAUGAGCGAACGGUCCGAGAGCGAAGCGUUUCCGUCCAUCGGUUCGGACACAGAUCCCUCGACUGGUCAUUCUCUCUCAAUCGCAGCGCAGAAGAAGCAGCUUGUCGUCGAAAUGAUCAACCUUCUUGUGGAAAAGCAAGCCAACCUUGACCAUCGCGACGAAAAAGGGUGGACAGCGUUGCACUAUGCGUGUCAAGCCCAAAAUGACGCUGCCGUAGAGUGCUUGCUUAAACAUGGUGCCUUACCAACCCGUGACUCCCUUGGAUUGCUUCCUCAGGAUCUUCUCUUGCAUUCUGGAUACCCGGACUCAAUCAAAGUGGCGGAGGAUGUGGCGGGGAUUUUGCAUCGUGUCACAGAACCCAACGAGUACAAGCUGAAGUUGCUGAGUCUUCGGUCGAGUGGCAUUGCCGAGAUUCGGCUUGGCAGUCAUAUCGAAAAGGGUUCGAUCGUGACCGUCGAAAUCGAUGUCCCAGAGAACCACUUGCCGAAGGAUUACAUCCAGCUGCUGAUUUACAACGAAGCAGGUGACACGAACCUUGAACUUGGACCAGUGCAACCCGUCCCGGCUGGUGCAACCAGUCAAGUGUCCUUCAAAUGCGACUAUGGCGCCGUACCCUGUAUUUACCGCUUUGUCUACGUGAAAUGCGACAUAAACACCAUAUCGCGCGUCGUUGUUGCCAGCGGCUGCACAGCAUCUGUCCAAGCGUCAAUCGGCGAAGUAUUUCAAUACGAACUGUACCUCUACGAUCGAGUGGUCGAAGUUGAGAGUGUCUCCGAGUACGAAUUCUUCGACCAGCCCACAAUUGCAUUGAAGCGCAUUGGAAUUGUCCAAGGCACCCCUGACGAUAUCGAUUGGGUCGACAUUUUGCCUGAAAACCACAUUGUCGCCGUGAAUGAUGUCGUGAUUGCGGGAAUGUCGUUUGAAAACUCAAUCCGUCAGCUUCAAGUGAACAACGGACACAAAUGCACGAAACUGCUCAUGCAAAACUCUGUCGCGCUCGGAGAUUUCAUCCACGAAAAAAUCCUUGGACUUGGGGUGAUUGGAAAGUACGCGAGCUUGUCUCCAGUCGACGUGUCGCCCGAAUCGAAUCCGCCAUCGCCCUUGCAAUCAAAAGACGUCGCGUCAGCUUCAAACGUUCAAGACACGAUUUCAUCGCCCGAGGAAGAUGCGUUCUGCGCCACUGCAGGAUCCACAAGCUCUGACGACUUCCACGACGCAUUGUCUCCGUCGGCAGUUCAACCUCCUGGGUCGCCGCUGCGAGGGGUAUCCGCCACGACGGAACUUCUUCCCACCACCAAACAACUGGUCGGUGAGAUGUUCGAGGGCCUGGCCGUCAAGCCUUGA